AUGGAGACCGUUCUCGUGGUUGGAGCCACCGGACAUAUUGGCGUAUCGGCCAUCAAGGCCGCAUUGCGGUCCAAACGCAACGUGUUGGCCAUUGUUCGUAACCAAGAAUCCGCCAACAAGCUGUUCAAGCACGUUGGGUCGGCCGACGGCAUCACCACCGUUGAGGCAGACGUUGUCUCGGACACGGGGGUGAAAGGUGUGGUGGACCAGGUACGCGCUGGCAAGCUGCCGGCUUUCCAACACGUAUAUUCCUGCGUUGGCGGCUUGUACGAUGGUAUUCCCUUGAAAGAUAUCACCAUCAGCGAACUGCGCUACAAUAUGAAGGUCAAUUUCGAGGCAAACUUUUUGGCCUACCGGGAGACCAUUUCGUAUCUCCUCGAACAGGGCCGGCCGGCAACGUGGACGCUUUGCACGGGUGCUCAGGGUGAUUGGGCGAUACGCCCGCUGCCGGCCAUGACCCAAGGGGCUCUUUUCAGCAUGGCUACGGGUGCCUGCCGCGAGAAUGAAAAGACCAACGUGCGGUUCAAUGAGGUCUACGUUGCGAUGCGGGUCGAGGUGGACGAGGUCGCUGCCCAGAAUGGCACAACGAGUGCCUCAGAGUUCUCCUCCGUUUACGAGGAGAUUUUGGCCCGCCCCGAGAUUCGCGGCUCGCGUGUCCGCGUAGCGAAGCGGGAGGACAUGAAGGAUCUCCAGUAUACGAGCAAGUUCUAG